UGUAUUGAAGGAUUUGCAGCUCAUAAAAGGUAAAUGGAUCAAUUCAGGCAGAUUGGUGAAGUAGUUGGGAGCUUGAAAGCUCUAAUGGUGCUGAAAAAUGAUAUUCAAAUCAAUCAAAGGCAAUGUUGUUUUCUACAUGAUAUGUUUGUUCAAGCUUUUGAUGUCAUUUCUGAAGAAAUCAAACAUAAUUUAAGGUUAAAUGAGAGGAAUACAAAGUGGAAAGCUCUUGAGCAACCAAUGAAAGAGCUUCAUAGGGUCUUUAAAGAAGGCGAAUUGUAUAUAAAGUACUGUUUGGAUGUGAAAGAUUUGUGGGGAAAAGCUAUAAGUCUCCAUAUGAACAGAGAAUGUGUUGAGUUUCACAUUCAUAACUUGCUUUGUUGUUUCCCUGUUGUUAUUGAAGCCAUUGAGACUGCUGCAGAAAUAUCAGGAUUCGACGAGGAAGAAAUGAUGAACAGGAGAGGCACGCUUAUGAAGAAAUACGAUAGGGAAUUGAUCGAUCCUAGGUUUUUCCAGUGGAUGUUUGGGAAGCAGUACUUAGUCACUCGCGAAAUAUGCAGCCGGUUGGAGAGUUCUUGGAAAGAGGAUAAAUGGUUGCUUAUCGAAACGAUAAGGCAAAAGAAAACAGAAACUUUGUUGAAGUAUGAACAAAGGCUUGGAGACUUAUUGCUAUGGAAAUUAGAUGGUGUUGAACCAAUUAACAAAAUACUAUUACCUAGUUCAAUCUUAGUCGGAUCAAACGAUUACAAUGUGAAGAGGCGUUUAGGGUCUUGGGGAGAACAUGUUAAGGAGAUACAAUGGUUAGGAGAAAAUUUUGCUCUAAGGAACUUUUUCGGAGAGGUUGAACCGUUGCAUGACGAGAUUUCUCUCGUAUUUUCGCUAUCUCACCCCAACAUUUUACAAUAUCAUUGUGGUUUUUAUGAUGAAGAAAGGAAAGAAGGGUACCUUGUUAUGGAGCUGAUGAACGAUACUCUUGCGAUGUACAUAAAAGAGCAUUCGGGUCAGAGGAAGAGACCGCCUUUUUCAACCUCUGCUGCGGUUGAUAUUAUGCUUCAGAUUGCAAAAGGGAUGGAGUACCUGCACUCGAGAAAGAUCUAUCACGGAGAAUUGAACCCGUCUCAUGUCCUCCUUAAAGCAAGGACGGAGAGCUAUUUUCACGCGAAACUCAAAGGCUUUGGCUUAACUUCCAUCAAAAGUACUUACAAAACAGCCAACCAAAAUCCAGCUGAUUCCAUCAUAUGGUAUGCCCCGGAAGUACUCGCUGAACAAGAAAAGCCGGGAAGCAAAUGUGCCUACAAGUACACAGAGAAAGCCGAUGUCUAUAGCUUCGGGAUGAUUUGCUUUCAAAUUUUAACAGGGAAAGUUCCGUUUGAUGAAGGACAUUUGCAAGGGGAGAAAGUUGUGCGAAAUAUCAGAGCGGGAGAAAGGCCACUUUUCCCGUAUCCUUCGCCUAAAUACCUCGUGAACUUAACGAGAAGAUGCUGGCACACGAACCCAAAUCUUCGUCCACGUUUCUCGUCUCUAUGCAGGAUUUUACGUUAUAUUAAGAAGGUCCUCGUCAUAAAUCCGGAACAUGGCCAGCCUGAAACUGCCCCUCCACUUGUUGACUAUUGCGAUCUUGAGGCUGGCUACUUGAAGAAAUUUGGUGAAGAGGAGAACACGAGUUUGACCCCGGUAUCACAGGUUCCUUUUCAGAUGUUUGCUUACCGGCUCAUUGAGAAAGAGAAGAUUUAUGGAAAGAACUGGGACCCAUCAAAUGACGGUUUUUCUUCGGUCCAUAGGCGAGCGUCCAUGCAGAGUGAUGAUGGGCAACUGGCUGCGAUGGACGAUCUAUUUCUUGCACCAAGCGAUGGAAGGUCAGUUUGCUCGGAGAUAAUUGACAGGAAAGAUUCGAGAUUGUUUGAUCAAAGGUCAGCUAUCUCCGAGAUACCACAUAGAUCGAGGCUUUUCUUAUUUGAUCAAACAUCAGUUGGCUCUGAGAGUCCGGAGAGGAGAUUCUCGUCUGUGGCAGCAGCAGCAGAUGAAACGUUUUUGUUCACUGAUAGUCCGGACAGGAAAGCAGUAUCAACACCGAUAGUCAAUAGGUCACCACGCGUCGACACAUUGAAGAAAAAGAUCGUCUCAUCUAUGAGCAAGAAAUUUUUGGACUACCAGGAAAAGGCAAUGUCUCCAAAAGCAGGUGACGAAAAACCUUCGUCAAACGUAGCAGCUGCGCAAAAUUUACUAUCUCCUCGGACUUUAGAGCAGACAAAAUCAGCUGAGCAAAAUUUAGAAUCUCCUCGGACGUUAGAGAAAACAAAAUCAGCUGAAGAAAAUUUAGUAUCUCCUCCGACUUUUGAGAAGACAAAAUCAGCUGAAGAAAAUUUAGCAGCUCCACGAACUACAGAGACGAUAAAAUCAGCUGAACAAAAUUUAGAAUCUCCUCGGACUUCAGAGAAGAUGAAACCAGCAGACCAAAAUUUAGUAUCUCCUUCGACUUCAGAGAAGAAAAUUGUAUCUUAUGAUCAGAAACUGACUAGUUCUGAGGCUCGAGAAAAGAAACAUGCAUCGGACGAUCAGAAACUGAUUAGUUCUGAGGCUCCUGAGAAGAAACAUUCAUCUGAUGAACAGAAAUUACGACGUUCGAAGAGUACUCCAGAAAAGACGAAGUCAUUAGCUGCCAAUGAGAAACCACUUCGUGGCGAGCAAGUGCAAAGGAAAAGUUUGAGGACUAGGAGAAUAACAAACCAGAAGUUAACCAAGAAUGUAGAGAAGAUAGUUCCUGAAGCUAAUCAAAUUUCAAUAUCAUCAGAGAAUCACCAGACAAAUGCAUCCAAGCCCAGCAAUCAAAAGAUAGCAGUCAAGAAAGAUACAUCACGCAGAAAAGUCCAGGACAUGAAGACUAGCAGUAUACCAGAUAAACUGAUCGAUGACUCACCAAGAUCUUCACCAGCUAGAGUUAAUAGAAUACAUUCAUCAUCGCCAAUGUCCUCUCCAACACGAACCCCAAAGACAUAUUCAAGAUCACCAGCAAUCGCCUCGAAGGGAUACGAAUAUCAUUCCCCGAGUUCAUCACCAUUAAAUCCAUGUACGCGAUGUUCAAGAGUAAACCGAGAGUGCCAACCUUCAGGUAUGAGCCCACAUAUACAGAGGGGAAAAGCUCAUAUCUCUCAUUCCGAGAUAGCUUAGAUCUUCAUCAUCUGUCUUCCAAUGCAUGCUUAUACAGUCAAACCUCUCUAUAACAUCAUCUGUCCCGAUAUUUUUUUGCUACUAUCAAAAUGUUGUUAUAGAGAGCAUAUUAUAUAAUAUAGCUGUUAUAGUGGAAUGUCGUUAUAGAGGAUGGUUGUUAUAAAGAGGUCUGACUGUACAACAAUAUUUGCACUGAUGAAGAUCAACGGGCCCGGCCCGGCCCGUUGGAAGAGAACCCAAUGAGACAUGUAGUACUCCCAGGUUAGAGCUAGAAAAGCUCCCCAGCUUUUCAUGGGGACCUUUGUAACAAGAGAAAUAUGAACUAUUCUACAUAUACAGUUUUCCACUUUCUGAGAUAGCUAACAAUUCUACGGUUAUAUCUGUAUGUUUGUCAAGCUUUCUGCUUCUAAGGCGACAAAUUUCACAUUAUCUUCUACG